UUCUCAACGGUUCUGUGGAAUUGACUUAUCCAGAUGGAAAAGCAGAAAUAUUAUGUAUGGGAAAUAGUUUUGGUGUCUCUCCUACCAUGGACAAAGAAUACAUGAAAGGAGUAAUGAGAACAAAGGUGGAUGACUGCCAGUUCGUCUGCAUAGCCCAGCAAGAUUAUUGCCGUAUUCUCAACCAAGUGGAAAAGAACAUGCAAAAAGUUGAAGAGGAAGGAGAGAUUGUUAUGGUGAAAGAAAACCCAGAACGUGAUCAAACUGGAACAAGAAAGGGACACAUUGUCAUCAAGGACACCUCAGAAAGCUUAACGAUGCAUUUGGUGGAAGAGCAUUCAGUAGUAGAUCCAACAUUCAUAGAAGACUUUCUGCUGACCUACAGGACUUUUCUUUCUAGCCCAAUGGAAGUGGGCAAAAAGUUGAUGGAGUGGUUUAAUGACCCGAGCCUCAGGGAUAAGGUUACACGGGUAGUAUUAUUGUGGGUGAAUAAUCACUUCAAUGACUUUGAAGGAGAUCCUGCGAUGACUCGAUUUUUAGAAGAAUUUGAAAAUAAUCUGGAAAGAGAGAAAAUGGGUGGACAUCUAAGGCUGUUAAAUAUUGCAUGCGCAGCUAAAGCAAAAAGAAGAUUGAUGACAUUAACAAAACCAUCCCGAGAAUCUCCUUUGCCUUUUAUUUUACUAGGAGGCUCUGAGACGGGAUUUGGAAUCUUUGUUGACAGUGUAGAUUCAGGUAGCAAAGCAAGUGAAGCAGGCUUGAAACGUGGAGAUCAGAUACUAGAAGUAAAUGGUCAAAACUUUGAACAGAUUCAGCUGUCAGAAGCCAUGGAGAUUCUUAGCAAUAACACAUAUUUAUCUAUCACUGUGAAAACCAAUUUCUUUGUAUUUAAGGAACUUUUAACAAGAUUGUCAGAAUGGAAAGGAGAUGGUGCCCCUCACCUUCCUAAAACUGGUGACAUCAAAAAGGCCAGCCGCUACUCCAUUUCAGAUCUUGCUGUAGAUGUGGAACAGGUGACAGGACUUGAAAAAGUGAGUAAGAAAAGCAAAGCCAAGACUGUUGGAGGAAGGAAGAAGCUAAAAAAGAAGAUACUCAACAUGACUCAGAUCAGUAUCUUACCACAGAAACCAUAUAAUGAUAUUGAGAUUGGUCAGUCUCAAGAUGACAACAUAGUAGGAUUAAGGCAGACAAAGCACAUCCCAACUGCAUUGCCUGUCAGUGGGACCUUAUCAUCCAGUAAUCCUGAUGAUGUAUUGCAGUCACAUCAUCGCAUUUUAGAUUUUAGUGCUACUCCAGACUUGCCAGAUCAAGUACUAAGGGUUUUUAAGGCUGACCAGCAGAGCCGAUACAUCAUGAUCAGUAAGGACACUACAGCGAAGGAGGUGGUCAUGCAGGCUAUCAGGGAGUUUGCCGUUACUGCUACCCCGGACCAAUAUUCGCUAUGUGAGGUCUCUGUCACACCUGAGGGAGUAAUCAAACAGAGAAGGCUUCCAGAUCAGCUUUCCAAACUUGCUGAUAGAAUACAACUGAGUGGAAGGUAUUAUCUGAAAAACAACAUGGAAACAGAAAUACUUUGUUCAGACGAAAAUGCUCAGGAGCUAUUGAGAGAGAGCCAGAUUUCCCUACUUCAGCUCAGCACGGUUGAAGUGGCCACGCAGCUCUCUCUGCGCAAUUUCGAACUGUUCCGCAACAUUGAACCUACUGAAUACAUAGAUGAUUUAUUUAAACUCCAAUCAAAGACCGGCUGUGCCAACCUGAAGAAAUUUGAAGAAGUCAUUAACCAGGAAACAUUCUGGGUAGCAUCUGAAAUUCUGAGAGAGACAAACCAGCUGAAGAGAAUGAAGCUCAUUAAGCAUUUCAUCAAGAUAGCACAGCACUGUAGGGAGUGCAAGAAUUUUAACUCAAUGUUUGCAAUCAUCAGGUAG